GGCAGGCGGACGGGCGCGCGGGGGCACUGAGGCGCGUCCCCGCCCCUCCUUUGCGCUUGCGCAGUGGAGCCCCCUUUCGCCUGCUUGCCGCUGUUUAUUAUUAUUGGGGCGGGCGAGGUGUCGCGUCUCUUCAAGGAUUGUUGCGGCUUCGAUGGCGGCCGGGCAAGGGGGAGGCACCACGGCCGGUGAAGGAGGAGGAGGAGGAGGUCCCGGUCCUGGCUCGGGCCCCUCCGGCCCUCCUUCCUCGUCGUCGCUGCUGCUGCCACCGCCGCCUCUUCCUCCUCCUCCUCCUCCGCUGCCGCCCUGCUCCGAACUGGGCCUGCCGGGCUCGGGCUUCUUCGGCCUGCCGGCGCACCUCACACUGUCCUACCCGGGCACGGGGCCGGCCUGGGGCGCGGCAGGCGGCGGCGUUGGCGCCUCGUCUUCCUCGGGCGCCGCCUCCGCCUCCUCCUCGCCGUCGCCUCACACCGGCCGCAGCCUGGAGAAGGCCCUGGAGGAGGCCGGCAGCUCCGGCAUCCUCUGCCUCAGCGGGAGGAAGCUCCGGGAAUUCCCUCAAGCCGCCGCCGCCGCUGGGACAGGCCCGGCCGCCUACGACCUCAGCGACACCACGCAGGCGGAUCUUUCCAAGAACAGAUUUACUGAAAUCCCUCCUGAUGUAUGGCAGUUUGCACCGCUCGAGACGUUGAACUUGUAUCACAACUGCAUCAAAUCAAUCCCUGAAGCAAUUAAAAAUCUGCAAAUGUUAACAUAUCUCAAUAUCAGUCGAAAUCUUUUAUCAACAUUGCCAAAAUACCUGUUUGAUCUGCCACUUAAAGUUUUGGUUGUCAGCAAUAAUAAGCUUGUGUCCAUUCCUGAAGAAAUUGGAAAGUUGAGAGACUUAAUGGAAUUGGAUAUUAGCUGCAAUGAGAUCCAGGUUCUUCCCCAGCAAAUAGGAAAGCUACAGUCACUUAGAGAAUUAAAUUUAAGAAGAAAUAAUCUCCAUAUGCUGCCUGAUGAACUAGGAGAUCUUCCCUUGGUCAAGCUAGACUUCUCUUGUAAUAAAAUUACAGAGAUACCAGUGUGUUAUAGGAAGCUACAUCGCUUGCAAGUAAUAAUUUUGGACAAUAAUCCAAUGCAGAUACCACCAGCACAGAUAUGUUUAAAGGGCAAAGUACACAUAUUUAAAUUCCUCAGCAUUCAGACAUGUCUCAGAAUAGAUAAAAAGCCAGAUUCCUUGGAUCUGCCAUCCCUGGGUAAAAGAAUUCCUUCUCAGCCUCUCACAGACAGUAUGGAAGAUUUUUAUCCAAAUAAAAACCAUGGCCCAGACUCCGGCAUUGGUAGCGAUAAUGGGGAUAAAAGGUUAUCCACAACAGAACCAUCUGAUGAUGACACAAUCAGCCUUCACUCUCAGGUAUCGGAAUCGACAAGGGAGCAGACUCUCAGAAACGACAAUCAGUUACUAGGAAAUAAACCUGAAUUGCAUAAAGACCCAGAGGUGUGUGAUUACCUUGACCCCAGCUCAGAGGAUGUGGCUUCCUGUGAUCAAGGAGAUGUACAAACUGGGACAUCAAUGUCUUAUGUUAAGGAACGAGGAAAACAGACUGAGAAGUCUCAGAAAACAGAACAAAACGAAAACUGGGGAGAUGAGAAAAGGGUUCAGAAGGAGCAGGUGUUGGCAGAGGAGGAUGAACUGAAGGAAGUGACUGACCUAAGGAAAAUAGCUGCCCAGCUGCUGCAACAAGAACAGAAGAACAGACUUCUGAAUCACUCCACCUCAGUAAGCUCAAGAAACAGACCAAAACAAACUGUGGAAUCAGAAAAAAGCCUUUCAGCAGAUGAAGCAAACUCUCCAUCAUCCCCAUUCAGUUGGCAGUCACUGGAGAAUCAGAAAGAAAAUCCAGAUGAGCAACACUGGCCAGACAUGCAACCAGUUAUCUGGCAAAAUGAGGAGAGGAGGCGGAGCAAGCAAAUCAGAAGAGAAUAUUUCAAGUACAAGUCUUCCCGGAAGAGUUCAAGUGGAAAUGAAAACGAUGAGCAAGACAGUGAUAAUACUAAUGUGUCCCCACAGUCUCCUGUGUCGUCUGAGGAUUAUGAAAGGGCAGAUGGCAAUUCUCAUGGUCCUUUUGGACUGAAGCCCAGAUCAGCUUUUGGCCGUUCUCGCCAGGACUACAGUACCGUAGACCCUGGAUUCACCAUGAGGAGGAAAAUGGAACACCUACGGGAAGAGAGAGAGCAGAUAAAGCAGUUGCGCAAUAAUCUGGAGUUGCGGUUGAAAGUCAGUUUGCCAGAUGACAUUGGAGCAGCGUUAAUGGAUGGGGUGGUUCUGUGCCAUUUAGCCAAUCAUAUAAGACCUCGGUCUGUUGCCAGUAUUCAUGUCCCAUCACCAGCUGUGCCUAAACUCAGUAUGGCAAAGUGCCGAAGAAAUGUUGAAAACUUCCUUGAUGCUUGUAAAAAACUGGGUGUCCCACAGGAAAGACUUUGUCUGCCCCACCACAUUUUGGAAGAAAGGGGUCUUGUGAAAGUUGGACUCACAGUUCAGGCUCUUCUUGAAAUACCUUCAUCUAAAGCAUCACAGCUUUCCUGCCUGUAAUAGGACUCCUGGAGAACAAACUUGUUGCCAUGUGGAUUGAUUCCAGUCAGUUCAGCUUCCUCCUGAGGAACACCCCAAGCCAUCAGAAGUUGUUGCAGGCCAGAUAUUUCAGACAGAGCCUUACUUUAAUCAUAUAUACAGAACCUUUAUGUCAAACUGACAAUUAUCCAGCAUAGUAAAGAAUUGUAAUGCUUGUUUGUUUAACUCAGAGCCAUAAGGGAUUUUGAGAUAAUCAGAUUCUCUUUUCCCAGGUAGUACGCAUUCUGAGUUCUCUCAUUAAUACUUUAUUAUAUUUUUUUCCUUUUUUAUGCUGUGUUAGGCUUUCUCCUAGGUUUGCCACACAUAUUUUAUAGCAAGAGAUCAACACAUGGCUUUAGAGAUUUUUUCAUGGCAAAGAGUCCCAACCAAUGACUGGUUCUUUGUCAUGUGUAAAUUUUGAAAAAUGUGCGGUUGUCUUGUGCACACAUUGUGGUUUUAGUGCGUGUGCUAAGGGGCCAUACUAAAAACGUAAUGUGUAAAGCACCUCUUAAUCACAUUUCCAUUAAAAGAAGAUUAAAAUAUAUGUACAUUUUUUAAAAAAAUCACUAUAGCAUGGCGACAAAAAUCUGGACGAUAAAUCAUGUGAUUCAUUUUUUUUUACCAGUUUCCAAAAGAUUGUGUCCCUAGUUUCUUGCACUUCUUACUGUUGUACCAUCUCCAAUAUUUUAGUUGGGUGUAUGAUUAUGGUGAUGAUGACAGAAUAAUAUACAGUAUAAAGGACAAAUUUUGUGAGUUU